CUCUCUAUUUCACCCAGACGAUAGGAACAAACACAUCUAUAUAUCUGCCUAUAAAUCUACGCCUAGUACUUUUCGUAUCGCCGUCUUGUGUCGACCCUAUUCGCGUCUUCCGGUUCGAGCCAAGAAAGGAACAACAAGCAAAAACUGCCGACAGGCAUAGAGCACGAUAGAGCAGGACACCACCCCUUGUGUCCGUCGUCCCUCAAGACUACCGAUAACUCCCGCUCGUUCUACUCCCUGUGCUCGCCGUGUCCCUCUGCAGUAUCAGGAAGCACAAAUAUUCGACUCCGUCUCGGCAUGGGUUUUCCCGCCUCCCGCAGCUCUUAAAGCGGUGCCGGCCAAGCACAUCUCAAGCUAGGAAUCUUACCGUCAAGCACUAUUCGUCGCUACGCUGCGGCGUGUUGCGAUAAGUGUCACAUUAGUCAUGGCUUACAAUGAUGGCAAUAACAAUAACAACUACUACUACAACUACUACAGUAGCCGUUACCAGGCGCCGCAGCAGACUGGCCAACCCUACUUAAACCACAAAGUCUCUGAUCUGUCGGACAGCGCUUACAACAACAACGAUGACGCUUCCUCCGCUCGGGUCAGGGGCCGGGAGUCCCUCGUCUCGCUCCAGUCGUCGUACGGAUCUCCACGGGUCGACGGGCCGCCGGGCGAGGACCUCUACGGAUCCGCCCCGACGUGGUCCGCCCCGUUCGUAGGAUCGGCGGGUACGACGCGGUACCAGCCCCUAUCACCGCCCAACCGCUCGACGCCGACGUCCCGACACCUCAGGAGCUUCCGCUCCCGGGCUCAUGAUACGAUCCACGAGGACGAGAGUAUAGACAUGUCGCUUCUCAGCGCCGCCGCGCCCCUAAGCCGAUCCUAUGCGCCUCACUUCCCUCCCGCUCCCAAUCCUGCUAUCCCCACAGCCACCGCUACCGCUGGUCCUCCCACCGCUCCCCCCCUCUACGACCCCGCCCCCGCCAUCGAUCUGACCUCGUUCGCGGGGCCGAUGGGCGCGCAGGACGACCCGGAGUUCCUGCGGGCGCUCCAGGCGCAGGAAGCGAGCGGCAAGCUGACGGGGGGGUUGGGCGCGGGGAUGGGCGUCCCGCAGGCGACGAUCCGGGGCCAGCAGCUGCCGCCCGCUGCGGCGACGGGGACCACCGCCCUCAAACGCACCUUCACGCGGACCUUCUCGUCACGCCAGAGCCCGCGGGCAGAGCUUAGGGAGCGCGGCCAGAACGAGGCGAACCGCCGCGGCGAGGUCAUCGAGGUGAUCUUAGAGGACGACGACGAGGACGAGGGCCGCCCCGCCGACGUCGACCUCAGCUCCAUGGCCGGCCCGGCUGCCGUCCGCGUCGACACUAACCGCUCGCGCUAUUCCCAGAUCCCCGCGCCCGCCGGCAGGCGCGAGGUGUUCUACCCGCAGCCGAAUUGGAAGCCCUUCUCGAUGAGGUGGCCGUAUCUGACGGGCCUUAUCCUGCUCUCAAUCGGCCUCGCCGUCUGCCAGGAGCUUCUGUACCAGAAGUCGGCGCGGGAGCCGCUAAUCCAGUUCCAGCGCGCGACCGACAUGGGGGCCGGCUACUACUUCGUGUUCAAGUUCCUGCCAACUAUCGUCGCGGUCACCUAUGGCGUGUUGUGGCAAGGCACCGACUUCGAAGUGCGCCGCCUCGAGGCCUUCUACCAGCUGUCGCGCGAGGGCGGCGCCCGCGCUGCCGAGUCCCUCAACGUCGACUACGUGACGCUCUUCAGCUUCGCGCGCCCCCUCCGCGCCCUGCGUCGCGGCCACCACGCCGUCGCGGUCUCCGCCGUCGCUACCUUGCUUGCCGUGUCGCUCGUGCCGACGCUCAGCGCCGCCGCUUUCGUCCUAGAACCAGACCGCGCCACGCGUCUCGUGCACCCAGACGUUGAAAAGAUAAUUGUCGUCAGCCCGCUGCUGUCGCGGCUGCUGAGCGCAACGUUCGUGGUCGCCGCGGCGCUCGGGUGCGUCCUAUCGUACCAGCUCGGGUCGCGGCGAUCGGGGCUGCUGUCUGACGUUCGCGGCAUCGCCGGCCUCGCCUCUAUGGCCGUUGCAAGCCACAUCAUGAUGGACUUCAAGGACACCGACGUCGCGCGCCCGGGCGAAAUCCACCGCCGCCUGCGUGACCGUCGCUACGCCCUGCGCAACUCAUCGCUUGUACCCGUCGACGCGGAUCCUGAUGCGGUGCCCUCGCCCUCGGCGUUCGCGAACCAAUUCGGGAACGGCGUCGACUUCGGCGACGGCGACGCCAAAAACGGCAACAUCAACACCGCCGCCAGCGAGGACGACAAAACCGGCACCGAGGACAACGGCGACGCCCAUUCGUCGAAGAACCCGCACCCGCUGAUGCUGCGCCCAGAGGGCUGCGUGCCGUUCAUCGUGGGCGUGUUCGCGUUUCUGGGGUUUAUCCCGGUGUUCCUAUUCACGCCGGCGCGGGCGGUAACGGACCGGGUGCCGUGGGUGGUAACAGCGCUCGCUGUGUGCAUCAAGCUUGCGUGGGGAGGGCUCGAGAUGGCGGUGCGCCUGCUCGAGCCAUACUAUAUCCUCUCGCGGCGGCACGCACCCCCCCGCACCCUCACCCUCGACUACACCGCCAUGCCUUUCGCCGUCGUCGCCGCCCGCGCCCUCGUCAACCGCCACUGGAUGGUCUUCCUCGUCGGCUGGGGCACCGUCCUCGUCGAGGUUCUCACCAUCUUCGUCACGAGCCUCACCACGGUCGAGGGCCAGGACUUUCUCGAUAUCGUCAGCAGCAACGGCGGCAGCGCUACUACCACCCAGAGAACGAUGGCGCGCCUCAUCCGCUCGGCAGCGGACGGAAGCGGGGGCAACGACGGCAUCCUCGAGCAGGGCCUCGGCGCGUCGUCGGAGACGGUGCUCUCGUUCACGGUGACGCUGGCGCUGACGGUGCUGAUUCUCGCGUAUCUGGGAAUCGUGGCGACUGUAGCGCUCGUGCGGCGACGGCGACCGUUUUUGCCGCGGCAGCCUAGCACGAUCGCGAGCGUGCUCGCCUUCAUGCAUCAGAGCAAGAUGCUGUAUGACUUCGUCGGUACGGCCAAGUUCACGAGUGCGCAUAUGCGCGACCGCCUCGAGGGCAUCGGCAAGACUUACGGCCUCGGCUGGUUCGAAGGGCGCGACGGCCGCACCCACUGUGGCAUAGACGAGGAGGAGCUCAUCAGCGACUACAAGCACGGCGCCGACUACUCGCGCGUCAACAAGCCCUGGCUCACCGAGUGGCAGCUCUUCUGAGGAAGUACAUGGAUGGGAAGAAGGGGCUUAGGGGGAGUCGGUGCAUCGUUAUUUUCGUGUAUGGCGUUCUGGGCAGUUCCAUGGUCACUGGUUAACGGAUGCAUUUACGAGAAGCGUAGAGGGUCUCG